AUGGAGGGUUCUUCGGAAGCUGUUAAUGCUGAAUUCAAUGCAGGCAAUAAUGAUAUUAUUAUUUCCGAAAUUGAGGAGGAUGUUACUAAGGUAGUUAAUGAUAAGUCAAACUUGCCUUGCCCUGGGGAUAUUUCGGUGGAUGUUGACAUUAGUGGGCUCCAUAAAAAAAACAAACGGGAAUAUGUUAGUAGUAACGAACGGCCCAUUAAGGAGCCUAAGGUAGUGGAGGAGGAUCCGUUUGAUCUUGAGCCUGUUAUUCUGGGCCUUGAUUCAAAUGUUGUGAAAGUACGUGGGCCAAAGUCUAUCCCAGUUGCUAAUUCCUUUGAAGCCUUGAUGGAUAUGGAUGAGAUUAACAGUUGUACAGGUGAAGAAACAGAGGCUGGUGGGAAAAACGAAGUUAUUCAAAAGGUAAAGGGUGUUCCAGUUGACGAGGAUCAAUCUGAUGACUCGGUGGAUAAUUCUUUCGAAGAGGAGAUUGACUGUACUAAGAGUUUGGGGAGUAAAUUGGGGGUUCAAUUGGAGGGUUUUGAUGACAUGGUUAAAUUAACUGUUCAAGGAGCAAGGGUACAAUCAGCGAUUCAAGAAACUUUGGUCAGUAGUUGUAACCGGUAUGAUUUUGAUAAUUUGUGGAAUGGGAGUGGCUGUGAUUUUGAUAUGGUUUUGUUGAGUGGUAGAUCGGGGGGUUUGGUGAGUAUGUGGGAUAAUAGUAAGUUUCGCAAAACUAAAACUGUGGCUGAUAAGAAUUUUAUUCUCACUACGGGGUAUUUGGUCGAAGAUGGGUCUGUCAUCAAUUUAGUUAAUGUGUAUGCUCCCCAAAAGGCUAAUGAGAAAAGAUCGUUAUGGUCGCGGUUGUUAGAAUUGAUUCAGUCUGGAGAAGGGAUGUGGGUUUUUAUCGGGGAUUUCAAUGUGGUUAGAUGGGUUGAGGAACAAAAAAAUUCCAAGUUCAAUAAAGGUAUGGCAAACGAUUUUAAUUCUUUUAUUGAGGAAGCGAGUUUACAUGAAUAUAUUAUGCGGGGGAACAGAUUCACUUUCUUGGCUGGUUCAGGGAAUGAGAUUAAAAUGAGUAAAAUUGAUCGAGUCCUGGUGGUUAUUCAGGCGUUGGAGAAUUGUAAUUAUACGGGGAAGUCGGAUGUUAUUAUUCAAAAGAAGUUGGGUGAUGCCAGAAAUGCUUUGAGGAGAUGGUGGAAAGAAAUGUGUAAAAAAGAGGAGGAUCAGUUUACGUUGAUAAAAGAUGAGUUGGCGGGUCUAGAGAAGAAGUUGGAGAGUACGGAUUUAGAGGAGGAUGAAAUUUGGGUUUGGGAAGAAAAUAAAAAAGAACUGGAGAAGCUUCUUUAUUUCAAGAAUCGGGAUUUACACCAGAAAUCUAGAGUUAAUUGGGCGGUGAACGGAGAUGAGAAUUCCAGGUUUUUUCACUGUUGUAUUAAAGGAAGGAGGGCGGCGAAUGCUAUUCCGGGUUUAAUGAUGGAUGGGGUUUGGGUGUCAAAACCUCCUAUCGUAAAAAGGGAGGUUUUGCGCUUUUACACGAAUCUUUUUAAAAAGGAGUUUAAUUCUAGACCUGGUUUACUUUGUGAUAAUUUGAAACAGGUUCUGGAGGAUGCUAUUACAGGUUUGAUUGCUCCAUUCUCUAGAGAAGAAGUCAAGGCUGCUGCUUUUGAUUGUGGAGCUGAUAAAGCUCCAGGCCCCGAUGGUUUCAACUUCAGGUUUAUUAUGCAUUUCUGGAAGUAUUUGGAGGAUGACUUUAUGAAGUUGUUUGAAGAUUUUUUUCAUACUGGGUCGAUCAGUGAAGAGUGCAGUACCUCGUUUAUUACGUUAAUUGCUAAAACUAAAACUCCUGUUGGAUUAAAAGAUUACAGACCUAUUAACCUGAUUGGGAUUAUUAGUAAGUUGAUUUCGAAAGUGUUGGCGGCUAGAAUGAAGGAGGUUAUUGGGAAGGUUAUUUCGGUGUCUCAGUCCGCUUUUCUUAAAGAAAGGUACAUCCUUGAUGGGCCGCUUAUUCUUAAUGAGAUCAUUGGGUGGGUUAAAAGGAAUAAAAAACGAGCUUUCUUCUUGAAAAUUGAUUUUGAAAAGGCGUACGACAACAAAUGGUGCUCUUGGGUUAAAGGGGUUAUUGGUUCUGCUCAUUCGGCAGUUUUAGUGAAUGGAUCUCCUACUUUUGAGUUCCAAUGUCAAAAGGGGUUAAGGCAAGGAGAUCCGUUGUCACCUUUCCUUUUUUUGAUUGUUAUGGAGGCCUUGGAUCGUAUGCUUAGUAAAGCGGUCGGUUUAGGUUUAUUGGAAGGGGUGAAUUUAGCGGAUGGGGGUAUUGUGGUGUCCCACAUGUUGUACGCCGAUGAUGCUUUGAUUUUAGGUAAUUGGAGUAAGGAGAAUUUGGAGAAUACGAGUCGGUUGCUUCGUAUUUUCUAUUUAUGCUCGGGUUUGAAGAUAAAUUUUCAUAAGUCGGUGAUAUAUGGGAUGGGUGUGGAAGAAGCGGAAGUGAAUAGGGUGUCUCAUUUGUUGGGUUGUAAAGUUGGAGAGUUGCCGUUUUUGUAUCUAGGUAUUAAGGUGGGGGCUAACAUGAAUAGAGUUUCUAAUUGGGAUUCGGUGGUGGAAUCGAUUCGGAGUAGAUUGAAUAGCUGGAAGGCUAGAUUGUUGUCUAUGGGAGGAUGUUUUUGUGGUUCGGGUGUAAGGAGACUAGAGGGAUUUAUUGGGUGGCUUGGGAGAUUUAAAUCGGAUAACGUUAGUUUGUGGCGAGGGGUGAUCGAGGGUAUUCACGGGGGCAAGGGCCGGUGGUCUUUUUUGCCGUUGAAAAGUGGAUAUACGGGAUGUUGGAAAUGUAUAGUUAGACUCUUGGAAGGUUUGGUUGUUGACGGGAAGUACUUCAAGUAUUGUUUUAAAGGUAAAGUUGGGAAAGGGGAUAAAAUUAGCUUUUGGAAAGAUAUUUGGUAUGGAGAAACUCCUCUCAUGGUUAGAUGGCCGAAGAUAUUUGCCCAAGAGGUUCAUAAAAAUGCUACGGUGGAUCAAAGGAUUAAGUUGGUUGAGGAUAAAGUGGUGCUAGCUGAUAGUUGGAUUUUUGAUUCUUUCACAGUUGAAUUGAUUUCCGAACACCAAGACGUGCAGGCUAUGGUGGGUAAUGUCCAGCUUUCCAGCUUUAACGAUUCAUGGUCUUGGACGCAAGAGUCAAAUGGGGCUUUCUCGGUUGCUGCGGUGAAAAGAUGGUUGCGGACGAAGCGUUAUGAGGUUCCGGUUCAGUUCAUGAUGUGGGAAUCCUGGAUUCCGUUAAAGAUUAACAUUUUUAUUUGGCGCUUGGAGUUAGACCGACUCCCGACCCGUGAGGCGUUGUUUAAAAGAAAGUUGAAUAUUCCGGACUUGUCUUGCCCGUUUUGUGAAUCUGUGCAGGAAAGUAGUAUCCAUAUUAUAGUGAGUUGUGGUUUCUCUUUUGGGGUUUGGAGCCAGAUUUGGAGUUGGUGCAGAAUUUUCGGUUUGGGAGUGGAUUCGGUUCAAGAUCUUCUGCGGAUGGAUUAUGUUUACAAUAAGUCUAAGUGGGAAAAGAAGGUUUUAAGGGGUAUUACCAUGGCGACCUGUUGGUUGAUUUGGCAUGAACGUAAUAAGAAGAUUUUCCAAAAUUCUAAGCCCCAAGUGGUGGAGAUUGUCGCGACAGUUAAGGCUUUAUGUUUCUUUUGGCUUAAACAUCGGUCUAGAUUUAAGGAUAUUGUUUGGGAUGAUUGGGUUAAGUACCCGUUGUAUAUGUUGUAA